CCACAGUUCUUCGCCGGUGAAGUUCCUAUAUGAGGUCCUCCGAGACAGCUCCUGUCUCCUUCAGGCCAAAGCCUAAAACACACAAUCACAAAACGAAACCUUCCCCAAAGCUUGGAAAAGCAAAACCAAAGAGUUAAAACUUAGAAUGGCUCCACAAGAAGACGCCAUGCAGAAACAGAGCAGCAACAACAACAGUGACGUCAUAUUCCGAUCAAAGCUUCCGGAUAUUUACAUCCCCAAUCACCUCCCUCUCCACGACUACAUCUUCCAAAACAUCUCCGAGUUCGCCUCCAAGCCUUGCCUGAUCAACGGUCCCACCGGCCACGUGUACACUUACUCCGACGUCCAUGUCGCCUCCCGUCGCAUCGCCGCCGGUUUUCAAAAACUCGGCGUUAACCAAAACGACGUCGUGAUGAUCCUCCUCUCGAACUGCCCCGAGUUCGUCCUCUCUUUCCUCGCCGCUUCUUUCCGCGGCGCAACCGCAACCGCCGCCAACCCGUUUUUCACUCCGGCGGAGAUUGCCAAACAGGCCAAAGCCUCGAACUCGAAGCUCAUCGUCACCGAGUCUCGCUACGUCGAUAAAAUCAAAGACCUCCAAAACGACGGCGUUAUAAUCGUCUGCACCGACGAGGAACUUUCUCCGAUCCCGGAAGGCUGCCUCCGAUUCACCGAGUUGACUCAGUCAACCGAAAUGGAAACGGUGGAGAUUUCUUCCGACGACGUGGUGGCGCUUCCUUACUCCUCCGGCACGACGGGUCUACCCAAAGGAGUGAUGCUGACUCACAAGGGACUAGUCACGAGCGUCGCUCAGCAAGUCGACGGCGAUAAUCCGAAUCUUUACUUCCACAGCGAUGACGUCAUACUCUGUGUCUUGCCCUUGUUCCAUAUCUACGCUUUGAACUCGAUCAUGCUGUGUGGGCUUAGAGUUGGUGCCUCCAUCUUGAUCAUGCCCAAGUUCGAGAUUAAUCUGCUCUUGGAGCUCAUACAGCGGUGUAAAGUCACGGUUGCUCCGAUGGUUCCGCCGAUUGUUUUGGCCAUGGCGAAGUCGCCGGAGACGGAGAAGUAUGACUUGAGCUCGAUUAGGGUUGUCAAGUCUGGCGCUGCCCCGCUUGGUAAGGAGCUUGAAGAUGCCGUCAGUGCCAAGUUUCCUAACGCCAAACUCGGUCAGGGAUACGGAAUGACGGAAGCAGGUCCGGUGCUAGCAAUGUCGUUAGGGUUCGCGAAAGAGCCGUUUCCAGUGAAGUCGGGGGCUUGUGGUACGGUGGUUAGAAACGCCGAGAUGAAAAUCAUCGAUCCAGACACCGGAGACUCACUUUCCAAAAACAAACCUGGAGAGAUUUGCAUCCGUGGUCACCAGAUCAUGAAAGGUUACCUCAACAACCCGGCGGCUACAGCAGAGACCAUAGACAAAGACGGCUGGCUUCACACCGGAGAUAUCGGGUUGAUCGAUGACGACGACGAGCUUUUCAUUGUUGAUCGUUUGAAAGAGCUUAUCAAGUACAAAGGUUUUCAAGUGGCUCCGGCUGAGCUAGAGGCUCUCCUCAUCGGCCAUCAGGAUAUCACCGACGUGGCCGUUGUCGCAAUGAAAGAAGAGGCUGCUGGUGAAGUUCCCGUUGCGUUUGUUGUGAAAUCCAAGGAUUCAGAGUUAUCAGAAGAUGAUGUGAAACAAUUCGUGGCGAAACAGGUUGUGUUUUACAAGAGAAUCAACAAAGUGUUCUUCGUUGAGUCCAUUCCUAAAGCUCCGUCAGGGAAGAUAUUGAGGAAAGACCUGAGGGCAAAACUAGUAAAUGGGUUGGUGAACUAAAGAAACGAAACGCAAAAGAUGUUCCAUUGUGUAUAUACAUUACAACUGUUUGACGACCCCAACGAAGGAAGGAGAGGGACUCAUAUGAAUCAUACCAAUGUCUGUUUCUUUUUUGUUUGUUUGUUGUUGCUGUUGUCUUUGAUUCAUGUAAUGAACCUUUGGUAAUAAAAGGUGGUUUCUUUUUUUGGGUUUCAUGUAACUUGUGCUGGAGAAGACCAGCAGACUUUUUUCAUAAAAUAAAUUACUCGGAUUAUGCAA